CAAACAAUACUCUGAAACCGGAAGAGAGGAAACCACACCGUUAUCUGUGGAUGUUUACAACGAAAGCAAAAAUGAAUCCUCCAAUUAUCAACUCGGUGACAACUUCUACUAAAAGAAAGCGAGAGGCCGAGCGCUCCGUCAACUGGACGGUGGAAGAGACCCAGGUGUUGCUGUGUGCCUGGAGUGACGAGCGCGUGCAGAAGAGCCUGGCAGAGAAUGUCCGUAACCGCCAUGUCUUCAAACACCUCUCAGCCCGCAUGUGUGACUUGGGCUUCUCACGCAGCCCUCAUCAGUGCCGGCUCCGCGUCAAGACCCUCAAGGCCAACUACGUAAGAGCCAAGCUGCUGAUGAGCGAGGACGACUCCCAGCCCUGCAGUUUCAGGUACUACGCUGAGAUGGAUGCUGUGCUGGGGAGAAACCGCGCUGUGGAGGGGACUGGAGGAGGGCGCCAUUUUGGAUCUCCUGAAGGCAUAGGAGGAUUAGGAGGGUACCAUUUUGGGUCUGAAUUGAUCGUAGGAACAGGGCGCUAUUUUGGAUCUGAAGGGAUUGGAGGACUAGGAGGAGGACGCCAUUUUGGAUCUUCUGAGGGGACAGCAGGACGACAAUCCCGGUAUCUGGUGUCUGAGAUGAAGGUGGAGGAGGAGGACAGAGAGGCAGAGGACACAGACGACUACGAGUUCAACGGCGUAGGAAUCACCACUCGGUCACUGGCUGGCCCGGGUGGAAGACGCCAUGAUGCUUUUCUAGAGCACAGCAACGACUGUCAUGAACCUGUUGUUCAUCCAUUGGAGGAUGACCGCAGCUCCAGGUCAACACCCCCACCACCCCAGCCUGCUUCCCCUUUCUCUCCACCCCCAGACCAUAGCCCCAACCUGGGCAGUGCUACCGCCAUCCCCUCCACCCAGUCCCUGGAGCCUGUGUUGAAGCACCUGGCAGACUGCUUCCAGAGGCUGGUCUCAGAGUCCCGGGAGUUGAUGGUGCAGCUGGAAGGCCAGAGGCAGGAGCAGGCUCGCUGGCAGCAGGACUUGCUGUCCCAGUGGCUGGAGAAGGAGGAACUGAGGCAGAGGGAGGCCGCGGACAGGGAGGACCGGAGGGAGAGGGCCCGUAUGGAGCAUGAAAUCAGGGUACUAACGCUCCUCAGUGGCCUGGCCCAGAACCAGCAGAGACCGAAGCAGACACCACAUCACAGCCACAGCUGUUGCCACCAGUGUAGCAGGGUGGAGGGGGUAGCGGCAGGUGAGAUUGGGGCGUCGACCACUACCAGGCAUGAUGAUGGAACUGAGGACAGAGACAGGACAUAAUCAGAGGUCUUUAUAGAAGACAUAAUGAGUGCAGACCCGGGUCAUCUUAAGUACAGCUCGGAAGUAUUUGACGUACACUACGGCUGUGUGUUUUUUUUGACCCAGGUCUGGUGGGGUUGAGCACUCCAUGCCUUUUCAUGUUUGGAAAGGACUUGUAGGCUCUCCGAAUGUAUGUUUACCUCUUGCCGGAGUGUAGGGCCAACAUGAAAUUAAUCUGCUUUGUUAAUUGUUUAAUUAACCGUAAAAUGGUUUAAGCCUGACGUUCCAAAGGUUCAGUGGUCUCAGUGAAGCAACUUAAAUUCAGCGUUAUUCUCUCUCUCUUUUCACAAUCUACUUUUGUCAACUUCACAAAUAAAAAAUGUAUUGGUGUUCA